AUGUCUGCCCGAGGUCCUGGUGCUCCCGGCGCUCGCGGCAUGAACACGCGCUUUGCGCAGUUCAAGCUGGUCUUGCUAGGCGAGUCCGCUGUUGGAAAGAGUUCCAUCGUCCUGCGAUUCGUCAAGGACCAAUUUGACUCUUACCGCGAAUCUACUAUCGGUGCUGCUUUCUUGACGCAGACCAUCUCCCUCGACGAAAACACCACGGUCAAGUUCGAGAUCUGGGAUACCGCCGGCCAAGAGCGCUACAAGUCCCUCGCCCCUAUGUACUACCGCAACGCCAACUGCGCCGUUGUUGUUUACGAUAUCACUCAAUCUGCUUCGUUGGAUAAGGCAAAGGCGUGGGUCAAGGAGCUGCAGAGACAAGCGAACGAGAACAUCAUCAUCGCCCUCGCCGGAAACAAGCUGGAUUUGGUCAACGAGCAGCCCGAUAAGCGAGCAGUUUCCACAGCAGACGCCGAGGCCUACGCGCGCGAGGCCGGACUCCUCUUCUUCGAGACGUCCGCGAAGACGGCCGAGAACGUCAAGGAUCUUUUCACGGCCAUUGCCAAGAAGUUGCCGCUCGACCAGGCCGGCCCUAGGCAUGCUCGGCCAGGACAGCGACAGGGCGUCAGCCUCCAGCCCGAGACCCCCGGCAGCAACGUCAGCGGGCCCUGCAGCUGCUAG